CUCGUACUAGUAGACUCAGUAUCUCCAUUUAACCGUUAACAUGAAGAUUUUAUUAUUUUUUCAGAUAUCAUCUCAGGAACAAGGACUGUCAACGAAAGAAAGGCAACACUAGAAGAAAAAAAUGCGGCAAGGAUGAUUCGUCGCUGGAGAAAGAAUCAUCCUUUGUCUGUUGCCAAUUGCCUGAACCCAUUGACCGGAGCUCAAGAAAAACGUGUUUUGGUUGAUGGUAAAAUGGUUUUAAGGUUAAGUGAAAUAAGUUCCGCGACGAAACAGGCAUUCGAGGAAAGUAAGGGCGCUGGUUCACGAAAAAUUCGACAUCGCUUAAAAUCUGUAUUCAGCGGCGUAACACAUCGGAAGGUUCAAACCUCUCUUAAAUCUCUUCCCGAAAAGCAGUCCGUCAAUCCAAUUUUCGAUAACGUUGCUCCUCUUAAACCGAUUCGUGCAACUUCGAUACAAGAACGCCACCAAAUUGACUUAGUUGAUAUGUCGCGACACACGGAAUUUUAUAACGGUGUAGAGUACAAGUAUAUUUUGUCGGUUCUAGACGUUUUCAGUCGUUACGUAUGGCUUCGCCCGCUCAACUCGAAAGAAAGCACGGAAAUCGCAGACGCGCUGGAGUCCAUUUAUGAAAGCGAAGGACCGCCGAAAAUCAUACAAUGUGAUAAUGGUCGCGAAUUCCAUGGUUCGGUAACCCGGUUGACCGAGGUAUUGGGUUGUCAAAUUAUCAAAAGCCGACCGUAUUACCCGCAAAGUCAAGGUAAAAUUGAAUCGUCUCAUAAAUCCUGGAAAUCAAAGCUUAAGUACGACCUACUUAAAACAAGCGAUUCGAACUGGGUUCGAGAUUUAUCAAAAUACGCGAUGUUGCGCAAUGAGGAGUAUCACUCCUCUUUAAAGGCUUCUCCAUUUUACGUAUAUCACGGACGGGAAUCUAAUCGUGUGCGUAAGUCUACUCGUCUUGGACCAACCGUUUCAAAUAAUGUUUCGAAAGAGUUGAAAAAGCAGUCCGCCAUUCGCAAGGCAGCCCUACUGGCAUCGAAAAAACGCGAAAAAACCAUGAUAAAGCACCAUUUCAAAAAACAUCAAGUUAGUGUCUAUAGUGUGGGCGACGAAGUGUUCGUAAAAUCCCAAACUCGGAAAAAUUACAAUAAAGCUAGGCCGCGAUUCGAAAGGGGAAAAAUAAUCGGCACAAAACACAACGCGUUCUCUUACAAAAUCAGGUUUUCCAGUGGGGUGUCGCGUUGGAUAAAUGUACAAAACAUAGCAGCAAUUUCACGUUCCGAAGAACUGUUAAAAAGACAAAAACGUCAUCGAUUAAGGCUUGAUCCGUUGUGCGAGUGUAACAAUGAGAAAUGCUCCCGAAAAUCGGAUCCAAACUGUGUACACAAAUUAAAUAAAUUUUGUUGCCGCGAAAGCAAAGUUCCCUGUUCACUGCCUUCCCAUAAUUUCCCGCAUAUAUCGGAUUUCUAUCUUUCUGAUAAUUUAGUAAACCAACUUAAAGGACCGAGCCUCUCGAGAACCGAUACAGCCCAUGACGAUUUGGUUCGAAAUGCGCUUGAACGAAAUUUAAUUCCCGUUGGGGAUAUUCCUAAAGACGGUAGCUGUCUCUUUCAUUCAGUUGCACAAUCGCUCUCUAAUUAUUUACAAAUCGACCUUAAUCAGCAAGAUAUUAGAGAUAUCGUGGUAAACUGGCUCUCCGAGAACCCUGAAACACCGGCAGGCGACCGCUUUUCACACUUUGUACCUAAUUUAGACUGGGAUACCUAUUUAGAGGGCAUACUGGGUACCGAAUGGGGCGACCACAUCUGCAUCACGGCCAUCGCGAACGCAUUUAAUAUCGCAGUAGGUAUUGUGUCGAGCUCCCAGUCAGACUUAAGAUACAUUUUGCCUUUUGAUCGUCAAAAUAGGGAAAAUCUUUUACAUAUUUAUUUAGGCCAUGAGUUCGAGUUUCAUUUUAUAAGGUUAGAACCGAUACCGGGCACGCAGGCGGAUAUUUGUAUUAAUGAAGUUAAUUUUCAUAAUGUUAAUACAGUGUGUAUUCCAAACAGGGAUCUCAACUCAAACCAAAACAACACAGAUAAUAACAAUGUUCACAGUAAUGAUUUUUCUCACUAUUCGUUACAGGAAGUUCAACUUGAACCUCAACUAACAGAUUAUUCUAGUGAUUCGAUUCUCCACCUACACCUAUCCACCAACGACAGUUCGUUAUCUCCUCCGGUCAGCCAUGUAAACAUAGGGCCUUCGGCUUCGUUUCCUGACAACGAAUUAUUUCAGACUGCAAAUGACCACAUCGAUUCUCCUGUUCCGCCAACAUUGGAAACGCCGACUUUGCAACGCUUUUCCCCAACAGCAAUCUCCGACACAAACAAUCUGAGCUCCACAGAGAAAGACAGCCACCAUGAGAGUCGCCGUAUUCGGUUCCUCCUACGUGAAGCGAGCUUCAAGCUUUACAGACUUUGUCAUGCCAUUUGAAGUCGGGUGGUUUGGAGUUGGUGGGAUGACAGCUUCUCAACCUUGU